AUGCACAUUUCAAUUGUCACUGAUGAUGAGAACAUUGUUCAGAUACAUAGGUCCAUUGACCUCUGGGAGAAAGUUCUCAGUCCUGAUAACAAGUAUAGAAGGCAGCUAAUCGAUCAAGUGGUAUCUACUGCCUUGCCUGAAAGCAAGAGCCCAGAGCAAGUUUUUGCUGCUGUUAAGGCUUUCAUAACUGCUGAUCUUCCCCACGAAUUAAUUGGGCUUCUUGAGAAGAUUGUGCUCCAAAACUCUCCCUUCAGAAAAAACUUCAAUCUACAAAAUCUGCUGAUCCUUACAGCUAUUAAGGCAGAUCCAUCAAGAGUAAUGGAUUACAUUAACAGGUUAGACAACUUCGAUGGACCUGCUGUAGGAGAGGUGGCUGUGGAAGCACAACUGUAUGAAGAAGCAUUUGCAAUCUUCAAGAAGUUCAACUUGAAUGUCCAGGCUGUAAAUGUCUUGUUGGAUAACAUUCAAAGCAUGGAGCGUGCUGUGGAGUUUGCAUUUCGUGUUGAAGAGGAUGCUGUUGGGAGCCAGGUUGCCAAGGCCCAACUCAGGGAGGGUCUAGUGAGUGUGGCAAUUGAGUCAUUUAUCCGUGCUGAGGAUGCCACUGAGUUCUUAGAUGUCAUUCGAGCAGCAGAGAAUGCUAAUGUGUACCACGAUUUUGUGAGGUACCUUCUGAUGGUUAGGCAGAAGACGAAGGAGCCCAAGGUGGACAGUGAGCUUAUUUAUGCAUAUGCCAAAAUUGAUAGCCUGGGUGACAUCAAGGAAUUCAUUCUCAUGCCAAAUGUUGCUAAUCUCCAAAAUGUCGGGGACUGGUUGUAUGAUGAAGCCCUUUACGAGGCAGCAAAGAUUAUAUUUGCUUUUAUUUCUAACUGGGCCAAGCUGGCUGUCACACUUGUGAAGCUAAGACAGUUCCAAGGUGCAGUUGAUGCAGCUCGAAAAGCAAACAGCUCCAAGACUUGGAAGGAAGUAUGCUUUGCUUGUGUUGAUGCUGAGGAGUUUCGCCUGGCACAGAUAUGUGGGCUCAACAUCAUUAUACAGGUGGAUGAUUUGGAAGAAGUCAGUGAUUACUACCAGAAUAGAGGAUGCUUCAACGAAUUGAUUAAUCUGAUGGAGAGUGGUCUUGGAUUGGAACGUGCACAUAUGGGCAUCUUUACUGAGUUGGGAGUUCUAUAUGCUAGAUACCGUACAGAGAAGCUUAUGGAACACAUUAAACUGUUCUCAACGCGUCUCAACAUUCCAAAGCUUAUACGGGCUUGUGAUGAGCAGCAACACUGGAUGGAACUCACCUAUCUGUAUAUCCAAUAUGUUGAGUUUGACAAUGCUGCGACUACCAUCAUGAACCAUUCUCCUGAAGCCUGGGAUCACAUGCAAUUUAAAGAUGAACCAUUCUUUUCUUUUUUUUUGGGUAGCUCAUCUUCUACAAGGAAGCCUCCUCUGAUCGUGUGGGAUAAAAUCUGUCUCCCCGUGAGAUUCGGUGGCCUGGGUAUUCGCAAGGCUUCUGUUACUGACUCUGCUCUUCUUCUUAAGCUUGCCUGA